UGUAGGCUGUUUGACCCGGAGUUUGGCCAGAAAAGGGACUAGACCUCUCAGCUUAGAUCCUGCAGGCCCAAUCAUAUCAUGAGGGCAUUCCCCAUCAGAACCGUACAUUUUACCUUUGACUUUUAGCAAUUAAUGGAUGGGUCCAUGACAACUUAAAGAAGAAGAAAAACAAGUCGGGUCGCUUCUCGGUCUUGGUCUAGGCUCCAUGUCACUGAUCCUUGCACUUUGCACCUUUCUUUAAAAGCUUUUUACACUCUUUAAAUCCCACGGCCAAUCAUUUGUUUCCUGCUUCAAGUUCCUGCUAAUUUAUUAUCCGUCACUAAACCCGUCACAUUAAUUCCGCUUCCAGCCCUACAGCAUUGAUUGCUACUGUACCUAUCAACUACCUACUACCUACCACCCGCAUCCAUAUCUCAAUCUCUCACAUUGUUGUACACUGUUUUCGUUCUCUUCACUUUCUCUUCUUCUUCUUCUUUUCCUCCUCCUUGGGUGGGGUUACUCUCUUUCGUUAUAAUAUCUCCUCUUCAAUGUCAAAUUAAGCACCGUUGCAGGCUGAGUGAAGCCUGCUUGCUACCUACGUACCUACUACCCAAGGUAUCCGUUCAAACGAGUUGCGCAAUGGCUGGCCCUUCGCCCUCGUCCUCGAAUCUUUCCCAGAACAUUGAUUCUUCACGUUCAGAUUCAGCCUCAGUCUACCCUGCAUCUCAAUCAUAUCCUCCCCCUCCUGUACUGGUGCCGUCCUCAGGAGAUUCAGCUGGUGGCGCUUCUUCACUAGCGAAGCCAGAGAAAGGGCUUGCACUUUACGCCUGUGGUCACUGUGGACGACGUUACUCGAGGCCGGAGCAUCUUCAGCGCCAUGUUCAGACUCAUACUUUGGGCCGCAGAUUUGCCUGUUCGAUUUGUGGAAAGACAUUUGCGCGUGCUGAUCUCAAGAAGCGCCAUGAGACCAACCAUGAGAACGACGACACCAAGAAACGCAGGCGUACAACUUCUCUCAACACCGGUAGGGUUACCCAUGCCUGCAAGGCUUGUGCCACCGCAAGGGUCAAGUGUCAGGAGGAGAAGCCCUGUCAACGAUGCGUUCGUCGCGGCCUGACCUGCGUCUCGUCAGAGGCAAGCUCGUCUGCAGCCAUGAACCUAGUUCACUUGUCUGCCAGUGCUCGUGCCAAAACACCUGUUGAUGAUGAACACGACAGUAGCAACGCUUCCGCGGAAUACGCCCCCACCAGCUUUCCUAACCCGACUUCUUACCCUACCGAUCAGCCAUCGCUGUAUAGUCAGAAUACUCACUUCCAUGCGCACUCUCGGUCAGCAACCCCAAACACCGGGGAUCUACCACCCAGCUCAGAGGCUGGAUCUUCCAGCCAAGCCGGGACAGACCAACUUCCCUUUUGUGACUUUCUUCGGGAUGUCUUAUACGAACAGCAGUACGACCAGUCAGCCAGGAUCCCAGAAAAUCAAGGUCUCGCAGUGCUGAACUUUUGUAAUGAUAGUAACGUGGAACUAUCAGACAUGGACUUCGGGUUGCUGGAUCAUUGGAACACAGACGGUAUGGCUAGCUCGGCCCCAGUACAGCAAGAGACGUCCAAGAGUCCCGUCGACAUGGACCAUAUGCGACAGAAUCUUGUCACAGCCUGGGAUGUGUCUCCAUGGCGAUGGGACCCAGUAGCAAAUGACAACGCCUUCGGCGAACAGGGAAAUCUGCCAGUUUCGAAAAGAGAUGUGGCUGGUAUACAGGCCCAGGCUUCGAAGGGGAGUUUUAGAAGGGUCGUUGACCAAAAGCUCGAUUUCGCCGCUCGUGAUGGCGUACUAGCACUAGUCUUGGGGGCCUGUCAACCUGACACGAUGUCGAGCCGCAUCUCAGGGUCCUUUCCUUCGGCAGAUCUUUUGGACACCAUGUUGCAUGUAUUUCUCAACUCGCAUACCAACCAGGUCUCGAAUUAUAUACAUUUCCCUACCUUCAAGGUCAAUGAGCAAGAGCCAGAAUGGAUUGCGGGAGCGGCAGCUGCUGGUGCUGUGUUGACCCCCGUACCGACUCUGCGAAAAUUCGGGUAUGCUCUGCAGGAGUCCAUCCGAAUUGUUAUGCCCAGGCGUUUUGAAGAAAACAACAAAGAGAUCCUCAACCUAGGCCUCAUCCAGGCUAUUGUUCUGGGUCAAGACACAGGUCUUUGGAGCGGCAAUCGACGGAAGAUGGAAAUUGCAGAGUGCCACGUCAACAUCCCCGUGACGAUGAUGCGAUAUCGUGGCAAGUUCCAGAGAUCUUCAUAUCCGAUGCUUUCAGUAACGCCGGCGGACGAGGGUGCAAAUCUCGAGCAAAAGUGGCGGACAUGGGUCGAGAUGGAGAAGUGGAAACGUUUUGUGUUCCAUCUUUUCCUUCGAGAUAGCCAACAAUCCAUGACAGCUCUGACGAACCCCGUUAUGUCAUACGCUGAACUCACCCUCCCUUUACCUGCGUCCAAGGAAUUGUGGUGCGCAAAGACAGCAAAGGAUUGGAAGGACGCAUACUUGAGACGAGAGGCUGGGCACAUAAAACGAGCGCCGUCAGUUGGUGAUCUAUUCCGCGAUCUGAACCUCCUCCCAGAGAAUCGACAUCGUUUGGAUGUACAAUUUUCAGCCGCAAUCUAUCUUCAGGCCUUUUGGCUCCUGAUCCUAGAAUAUAGAAAUCUUUGCUCGUCUUGCAGAACACGCUCUUAUAUCCAAGACACAUAUGAGGGCUCCAGUUCAUUGCUAGCUGCACGACGCCACCAACUGCUCCAGGACCUGCAGACUUUGAAAACCACAACCACGAACUGGCCCGAGGUCACAGCCCAAGAACGCCUGUUGCUCAACCAGCUCAUGAUGGCCUUGCAUAUAUCUAUGGAUGACUUGCAGCUCUUCGCAGGAAAAGAGGGAGAUGAACAGGCACACCGGACAUUUCCUGUGCUCCAGCAAUGGGUCGAAAGUGUGGACUCGCGGGCAGCUAUAUGGCACGCCGGCCAAGUUCUUCGAUUUGCCAAGCUCUUCCCUCCCGCUCAAUUGAAAAACUUUUACGCCGUCGGUGUACAUCAUGCGGCACUGGCCUUGUGGACUUACGGUGUGAUAACAAAAGCCGGGAGCCAGCAGGAUAUGUCUUCUCAGCAUGAAAAAGUCUACAUCGACGGCCCGGAAGCGAUGAGCGUGCAGCAGUACAUCACUAUGGGACAAGGCGUGCCAGUCAUUCGAGGACCGAACCAACGCAAUGGGGCAACUGAGGCAUCAGUUGAGAAUCCAAAGACGACCAUGGAGGCUGUUCAUGAUAUACUCCUAGCCAACUUCGGUAGUGCGAAUAAAAUGGCUCCAGCAAUUGUGGAAAACCUAAGCAUUUUGAUACGGCAACUGGGAAAUGUUGCUUGGGUAGUGGGAUUGGGCUAGGGAGCUUGGGAUUGUCAUGAUAUGAUGUGUAUAGUAGGAUAAAAAGUUGUUGUGCAUUCACAAACAAACAAACAAACAAGCGUGGACACAAUAUACGCAGUACCUUGUUCGGCGAUGUCCA